AUGUCUUUCCCCGACCAGCGCACUGAUUCGGAAUGGCGCGCCGUGUUGAAUCCUGAGCAGUUCCGCGUUCUGCGGGAGCAAGGGACCGAGCGCCCGUUUACGGGCGAGUACGACAAGCACUUUGCCGAAGCCGGCGUCUACCGCUGCGCCGGCUGCCAGGCACCGCUCUACAAGGCCUCGCACAAGUUCAAGUCUGGCUGCGGCUGGCCGGCCUACUUUGACAGCCUGCCCGGCGCCGUCAAGCGCAACGUCGACAACACGCUCGGCAUGCAGCGCACCGAGAUUGUGUGCGCCAACUGCGGCGGCCACCUGGGCCACGUCUUCAAGGGCGAGGGCUACAACACGCCGACCGACGAGCGCCACUGUGUCAACAGCGUCAGUCUCAAGUUCUCGGCCGAAGACGAGGCCGCCGCCGCCAAGGACGCCGGUGGCGCGACGAGCAAGGCGUAG